UUUUCUUUUUUCCUAUUUCGGAGUUGCGCUCAGGUAUCAGGCCGGCUGGACCGGGAGCGCAGGGCCUCGUGCCUGACCCAGCCUUGCACUUGAGCUCUAACUUUGGGGUGUUCUCUAUAGAUAAUUGCUCUGUGUAGUCAAGGCCUGGGGAGUAACCCGCCACUGUUUCGGUGCAGGGAAGCGUGCAGGGGGGCGCGAAACACUACUUUCCAAUCGGUGACCCGCACUCCGAAGUAGCGGAAACGCUAUGGGUGCCGUGAGUGUCUCCGGUUUGGGGCUUCUAAGGGAAGGAUUCGUUUCCUCCCCGGACUGUCCCCUAACUCAGCCUUCGGGAGAGAAGGGGGAAGUCGGAGCAGAGAGGAAAAGAGGUGAGGGGCUGCCUGCGGAACUAAUUUCUUUCCCGAAAUGUCUCUGAUCAGAAGAAUGAAAACCCACAUCCAGUCCUUUUUCAGCAGCUCGCGCAGGAGCGGGAUAGGCUCUCAGGGUGUAAAGUAGCUCCGAGGGUUUCUUUGUUGCCACAAUUUGGUAAAUUUCAACCGGGCUAAGAGCUGCGCGCUAGCUUUUGGGAACAGAAACCACGUGCAAAGCUAGUUGGUCUCCCAGGAUCACGGCCUCCUAGAGAAGAGAGGGGCUGACAGGGACAGGGGACUACCAGUGGGUUGAUGUUCUAUCCCAGGCUCCUCAAAGUAAUCGCGGUUUCAUUAAGAUUGGGGAACAGAUCGCUAAGGACACAGCGGGAGUUUAAAAAAAUGCUGCGGGAUGGCCGCCUAGCCAAAGGGUUCGUUCGGUCUCGUUUGUUGGGAGAAUUCAACAGAAGUAUCCGGUGGUGGUUAGUCCUCCCACCGGGGGUCUGGACUCCUGUCACCGCGAGUGUGUUGGGGAUUCGGUGUCAAGGAUGAUUUUCUGGGGCUGCUGCUGGGCUCCUUCAGGCGCAAGCUCGUGGAGUUCGCUCCGUUCUCAUUAAUGCAAGCAGUUAACUCGCUCACGCUCAAUUAGCCCCGAAUAAACCACUUUAAUAGACUCUACACACUUCAUUAAUGCCCAGCGUAGGGCUGGCUGCAGACCUGAGAUUGGCGCUCCACCGCGCGAGGGAAGCAGCGCCGGCACUGCGCAGGGGACCCAGGCUCGGAAGCGCGAAUUGCUUCUGCUGCGUGCAGUCGGGAUCUUUACCCGCACCUCCCAGGUCCCGAGGCUCAAGCUCCUUGCCAAGUGGCUGCCUGGCCCGGGGAGAGGUGUUUCCCCUGGUGUUUAAAAAUCUAAAGCGUUCACACACGAGUCCCGGGGGUCAGGGCAACGGGGCCCGGAGGGGCUGGGAGUUCGUCCAUCCUCUCCGGCUGGAGAGGCGAGUGUGAGACUGUGUUUUUCUCUUAGUUGACCGCCUGAAACCGGAUCGUGCAUUUCGCCCAUUCUUGGUACUAGUGUAAGGAGCCACGUUUCGAACGAAUUUCGUCCCCGGGAAAAUCGUUGGCGAGAGCCUGGGGAGCCCUGGCCUCGGAAUGCGGCAGAAAAUAAGAAACUGGCUGCGCUGCUGAAGAAAAUAAAUUGAGUGUUGGGGGAAACAAGAUCGGGCAGAUAGCCCGGAAAGGUUGGCUCCCAAGAGCAGUGAUGGCUGCAAACGCCCCCUCCCCCCACGGAGCCCCAGGUCCUCUCGGCUCCUGGAGGUAGGCGAGGAAAGGCCAGAUUGAGAUCAAGACCCCACUGCAACUACCACAAUGGGCAGCAAAACCUUGCCAGCGCCGGUGCCCAUUCACCCAUCCCUGCAGCUCACCAACUACUCCUUCCUUCAGGCAGUGAACGGCCUGCCCACGGUGCCCUCGGACCACCUGCCCAACCUGUAUGGUUUCAGUGCCUUGCACGCUGUGCACCUGCACCAGUGGACGCUGGGCUACCCCGCCAUGCACUUGCCGCGCUCCUCUUUCUCCAAAGUGCCGGGCGCCGUGUCCAGCCUGGUGGACACGCGCUUCCCACUGCCCGCCUUUCCCUGGUUUCCUCAUGUAAUCCAGCCUAAGCCCGAGAUCACCGCUGGAGGCAGCGGCCCCUCCGCACUCAAGACCAAGCCACGCUUUGAUUUUGCCAACCUGGCUUUGGCUGCCACGCAGGAAGAUCCAUCCAAGCUUACCCGGAGGGAGGGUCCUGGGUCCCCCGCUGGUGGGCUGGGUGCUCUCCUGGAUGUAACCAAGCUGUCCCCAGAAAAGAAGCCCACAAGGGGACGCCUGCCUUCCAAGACCAAGAAGGAGUUCGUCUGCAAGUUCUGUGGCCGCCACUUCACCAAGUCCUACAACCUCCUUAUCCAUGAGCGGACACACACCGAUGAGCGGCCCUACACCUGUGAUAUCUGCCACAAAGCCUUCCGGAGGCAAGACCACUUACGGGACCACAGAUAUAUCCACUCCAAAGAGAAGCCCUUCAAGUGUCAGGAGUGUGGGAAAGGAUUCUGCCAGUCCAGGACUCUCGCUGUCCACAAGACGCUACACUCACAGGUGAAGGAGCUCAAAACCUCCAAGAUCAAAUGCUAAAGAGAGCCUCCGGGUCACCAGCACCCUGGGUCACGCUGCCCCUUCCUCCAGAGGGACCUGAAGCCGAAGGCGACUCCGGCGGGCAGCGGGAGGGGUUCCCGGGACCUUUCCCUAUCCCAAAUUUGUCCCCUGGGUCCCGGGCGCACGCGGAACUCGAGAGCCCCGCCCCGAGCCGUGACCCCAGCCACCCGGGCGGCUCCCCCAGGACGCGGCUAAAGUCUUGGCCAAAAGGCGGUACUCACGUGGCGGAAGGGAAACUGCAUUUAAAAAAAGAACGAAAGCUCCGCGGAGCCGCAGCGGCGCCUCUCCCAGAAGUAUUACUUUUUCUAUUGUUAUUUUAUACGUUUUCUUUAUUAUUUUUUUUUUUUCUUUGACCAUAUAAGCUUGUAACUCUGCCUGCGGAGAGAGAGGGGAGAGGGAAAGAAGUUCUGCGCGUUCGCAGCUUUCAACCCCUCCUCCCGUCCCCAUCCCCACCCCGGGGAGCCUGCAAAAGUGUAAUCCAUGUAUCUGCUUCAGCAGCCCGGCCCUGGGGCCGCGGGGCCGCGGAUGCCUCCUCCCUGCGCCGCGGCGCGGCCGCGGGUCCUUGGCCCUCGGACUCAGACGGCGGGGCGGGGGGGCCCUGGGGCUGGAGGGGGCCCGGCCUCCCGCGCCCCUGCUCCCCCGCCCAGUCACCACGAGCGAGCAGCCGGCUAGGAGCAGGGCGUUGUAUUGCGAUUGGCACUUUAUGCUGACCAUCGGUAACGGACAUUUAUCACUGGAGUUUUUUAAAAUAUGAAAUAAACGGUUAUUUUACAGGCA